UGAGCUGUCAAAAAGAGAGAGAGAGAAAGAGAGAGAGAGAGCGAGAGAGAGAGAGAGAGAGGGGGGGGUUAGGAGCGCCGGAGUGCGCAGCUCCGCUCCAGAUGGUGAUUUAAACGCAGACAGAAGGCUGCAGAGGAGAGAGCGUAUAGAGCACUAGACUACACACGAGAGCCAGGAGCGCAGCACCGUUGGCUUCCUAAAAUAACCAAACACCCGAAAUGAGAACAAACAAGACUAAGCAUAAAUGCAACAGCUCAAGCUAAUUGCAAACACACGUUUAACCGCCACUGUUUAAUGACUGGAUCUACGUACAGCAGCUAAAGCCGACUGUUAAAGUGGAAUGAGCUAUCCUUGUUGCCUAACAGUUGGAGGAUUGGUCGGCACAAGCAAUCUACGAAACGUAGCCGCAUGCAGAACUGACCCAACAAUUCACCCAGGUUUUUUAAAGUAAUCAUUGACGGGACUUCAUAUUUUUGAGUCUGUCUCAAGACAGAUUUUGUAGAUUUUAGUUCCCUAAUACAGAGGGGCUGAACUGGGACUGGUGGAGGAUUGAUGCCAAAAUCUACUGCAUCUUUAUACCUUGAAGAGGCACCACGGAUCGAUCAAGGAUUUUCUGCCGUGGAUUCUUUAACAAUUAGUAACACAUUUAACGUUGAUGUUCAAGUGACUUGUAUGCACUGUGCUCAAAUUAAGUGCGCAACCCCGUAAUUCUUUUUUAUUUUUCAAAAUUACGAUCUUAACUUUUCCAUCCUUUUCUUGGGUCGUUCAAGGCUGGAAUAUAGCAAAGAGAAAUGCGGCAUAAAGAAAAAAAAUGAAAUUUAGAGGAAGGGGAACGACCAAAUCAAAGGAAGAAAUGUUUUGAUUCUUUAAAACAACAGUUGCUGAAGUCUUGUUUUUAAUAUCAAGAAGCGAAGGUAAACCAAAGACUCAUGCAUUCUAAUCUAAUGGACCCCAUCUUUGAGUUCUAGCUGUGCAAGACAAAACUAUAGAUUGAGCCUAAUAGCUGGAACGCGAAUUACCUCAUAAUUUUAUUCAACCGAAAAGUCAACACUGCUUUAAAUCCAAAGGAGUCGAACAUAUAUAAACAUCCAUAUUUUUUCAAAAUUUUAUUGUCCACGCGGUUCCACCGGUUGAAGGAUUUUUCCAGAUAUUCUCUAGACAAAGCAGAAACAACACAUUUAAAUGAUAUUCCAUAACUCUGGAGGAUUUACUCUUUCUCUCUUUUCCAAAUAUUGAGGGUUGGUGCGUUACAACUGACAUUUCGUAAUUUUGAUGUGGAUUAUCGUUGUUGCAAUUACCUCAUCUUGACCUCGACCCUCUAAAAAGUAGCACAGAACAGAAGGUUGGAACAAUGCCAGAUUCACCUGCUGAUGUCAAGACCCAGCCCAGAUCGACUCCACCCACUAUGCCUCCACCUCCCCCUGCCGUCAGCCAGGCAGCUAAUCGCAGCGCUUCAUUCACACCAACCACCAUGCUGAACGGGAACAGCCACUCGCCCACAGCACUUAACGGGGCGCCCUCCACCCCUAACGGCUUCAGCAACGGCCCGGCAAUGUCCUCCAGUGCCUCCCUGUCCACCCAGCAGUUGCCCCCAGCCUGUGGUGCACGACAGCUCUGCAAGCUCAAGCGUUUCCUUACCACGCUGCAGCAGUUCGGCAAUGACAUUUCACCCGAGAUUGGGGAGCGCGUCCGCAGCCUGGUGUUGGGUCUGGUGAAUUCAACUUUGACUAUUGAGGAGUUCCACUCCAAGCUCCAGGAGGCUACCAACUUCCCCCUGAGGCCAUUUGUCAUUCCUUUCCUCAAGGCAAACCUGCCCCUCCUGCAGAGGGAGCUCCUGCACUGUGCCCGAAUGGCCAAGCAAACACCUGCCCAGUACCUGGCCCAGCACGAGCAGCUCCUGCUUGAUGCCAAUGCCAGCUCCCCCCUGGACUCCUCAGAGAUCCUGCUGGAGAUCAACGAGCAUGGCAAGAGGAGAACCCCUGACAGGACCAAAGACAGCAGUGCUGACAGAGAUACCCUGCAUCCUGAGCAUCUACCCAAGAGGCCGUGCACCGUCAGCCCCAGCCAGCGCUACAGCCCCAGUGGAGGUCUUCCUCCGCACCCUCCUCCCAAUGGCCUCCCCCCCCACCCCCCCAACGGACUCCCACACUCCAACCCCCCAGCCCCCCAGCACUACCGCCUAGAGGAUAUGGCCUUGGCCCAUCAUUACCGUGAUGCUUACCGCCACACAGAGCACCGUGACUCCCGUGACAGGCACCGGCAGGCAGCGGUGCAUGGAGCACGGCAGGAAGAGGUCAUCGAUCAUCGCCUGACAGAUCGGGAGUGGGCAGAGGAGUGGAAGCACCUCGAUAAUUUGCUGAACUGCAUCAUGGACAUGGUGGAGAAGACACGGCGAUCGCUGACUGUGCUGCGGCGCUGCCAAGAGGCUGACCGUGAGGAGAUGAACCACUGGAUUCGUCGUUACAGUGAUGUGGAGGAUAUGAAAAAAGGUGGGAGCUCUUCCCAGCGCCCUCCUCCUCCUCCUCCUCACAACUCCUCCUCCAACACCUCUAACAGCACCGAGACACAACCCCUAGAGAUUCACCGGGACUUUCUGCACAGACCGCCCUCUGGAUACCUGCCUGAGGAGAUCUGGAGGAAGGCUGGUACAACAAGUGUCCCAAUCUCACCAGCACUAAAGCAACUCCAAAACAAGCAGGAGGAGGCCGUAAAUGAGGUGAAGAGGCAGGCCAUGUCAGAGCUGCAGAAAGCCGUGUCGGAUGCUGAGCGCAAGGCUCAUGAGAUGAUAUCUGCAGAAAGGUCCAAGAUGGAGCGGGCACUGGCCGAGGCCAAGAGGCAGGCCUCUGAGGAUGCUCUGACUGUCAUCAACCAGCAGGAGGACUCCAGUGAGAGUUGUUGGAACUGCGGGCGCAAGGCCAGUGAAACUUGCAGCGGCUGCAACACAGCACGUUACUGUGGCUCUUUCUGCCAGCACAAGGACUGGGAGAAGCACCACCAUAUGUGUGGGCAGGGCCUCCAGGGGCUGCCCGGGGGCAGCAGCAUGCCCCAGGGGAUGCCCUCCUCUUCCUCCUCCUCCUCCUCCUCCUCCUCCUCCGGUGCACCUCCCACACACUCUGAGAGCACUCCUCCGGCUCCUCUCUCCCUGCCCGGCCAGGGCAGCGGGAGCAGCGCCUCUGGCAGCCCCAAGGAAGCAAGCUCCAGCAGUGUCUCAAGGUCCACGACCCCAGCCACACCUGCCCUGCUUGACAGUGCCUCCCGCUGACCCCAUCAACAGCACUCCUCCCCAUCGCUACAACAACCACUCCCAGGAAAGAAACUGAGAAACCACUGUCACGCCCUGCUCUUCUGAGCUGUAACCAGCACCACCACCAGUACUGCGGCAACUUCUCAGCUACCUGAAGAUCUCAUUUUCUCAACUCCUGAACCUCCAAAAAGACCUCUGUCUCUCAGUCACGCAAGCAUACACACAUAUACACACAUGCACACACAUAAAGACACGUAUGAACAUGUGUCUCCUAUAAUGUAUAGCAUGGCCAGGGCUUAUAUUACUUGGAGCCAAAAAGAUGUACAUGGGCUGCCUUUAAUACACAUGUCCAAAUUUACAUGGAAUUUUGGAAUUGUAAUCCUGUGAUAAAAAAGCAUCUUUUAACAUCAACACAACUGACAGCUGUGACUUGACAACUGAGUGAAUAUGAAAUUUGUUCCUUAUUCCUGGCAUGCCCAACUCUUAGCUUUGGUAAAAUAGGCCCUACACUAUACAUGGUAUACAUGGGGGGUAAGCAGGAAAUCCAGAAACCUUUCCCUCUCUUAGUACCAUAGGAGAAUAUGAUAUCAUAACAGUGGUAGACCCUGUCUGAACUCAUCUUUAACAAUUAGGAAAGGCUGUCAGUUGAACUGUGGGAUACUGUGCACCCCUGUAAUGUAUACAUUUGAUAUAGAACGUUUGGAGCUAUCUCAAAGAACAGGUUCAUCAGUGUAUCUUGCCUUGGAACAGUCUCCCACAUCACUCUGUCCCUCUGGGUGAAAAGACAGCCAUCAGGACGUCCUAUUCCUCAUAAACCAUCGGAAUGGUGCAUUCUGUUCCUUGGGAAUUCUUUGGUGUGAAGGAUUUAUUUGAUGAAGGAUUACUUUCAAUGCUUCUUUUUUGGCUUUAAAUAAAAUAAAAGAGUAGCCCAAAAAUUUUAAGGAGAAAAAAAAAGGAAAACCCAUCAACUACCUUGCUAGCGAGCCAAGAAAAUAUACACCGGACUCACCUCUCUGUACUGACGUGAACCCAAAUGAGUUUUAAAAAACACAGUCCAAACCUUCUAUUUUUAUUACACUGCCAAAGUAACUGAGAGAUGAGGAGAAGCACUCAUCUUGUGACCAAACGCAAGCUACUUCAACUUCUCAGCAAGUCAGACCUGAUGGAGAGACAGGCUGUGGGGUACACAGACACAAACAACACAUAUAGUAUGUGUACUUAAGCUGUUCAAGUACAGGUCAGUUAAUACCAACUCAACAUGAUUCCAUGGAGGCAGCAAUGUUUUGUGUAUGUCAAAACAGAACUAUGAGAAUACAAAACAAAAAACUAACCAGGAUAAGACACUGGCUAAGACUGAAUGGAAAUGGAAUGGAAAGAAAAACAUGUUUGGCCUCCCCUAAAAGAAGCUGAACCUCAAAGAACUAAAACAAACGAACAAGAAUCUGAGCAAGCGUUGUACAAUAGGAUAACUUCUAAACUGAGGCAUUUUUUUGUGCUGAAGUCGAGACAUUUCUAUGGGUUCUACCUUAUCAUUUUCCUUACUUUUCCAAAGCAUGGCAGAGUGAAGUGCUUCAUUCACAGUGUACACUUGGUUCUUUCUGUAUCUCUACCUCCCCCACUGCUCCCAUCACCUCCGUCACUCCACCACUUCCGGCUGACUUUCCACAUCCAGGACAGGAACUUUGAGCAGACAGCUGGGAAGGCAUCAGACUCAUUUGUAGAUAUGUGUUUUUAUUUUUCAGUAUGUCCUGUCUCUGACAUCUGUCUGUGUUGCCCAUGGUUUCAGAUCACCCCUGAGAAAAGAAAUGGAGAGACAUCUCUCUUGCUUUAGGUUUGGGCUGAACUU